AAAGCCAAUUACUGUGUUUUGAUAUCUAUUUAUAGUAAAGUGUAGACGGAUCAAUUUUGAGUUAAUUAAUUUUAUUUGCGUCAUUUGCAUAGAUGAUGUAUACGUAAACAGCUAUUGCCUAAUGGGAAACGACUUUAACUGCGCGAACCAUUCUUUCAUUAAGACUGAAACAUCCAAAUUAAAAGUGUUACUAUAUAAUUAUUUAUUACAAUCUUAUCUAUAAUUAAACUACAAUUUUUAUAAUCUGAAGCAGAAAAUGUACGUUUGGAAUUAGUUUUAAUGUUUUACUUAAUAGUGUUUUAUUUGAUAUAUCGUACUCGUGACAAUUAACGGAAUUAGUAAAGGAUAAUACUUAGGAUGAAAACCAUAAACCUUUUGGCAAUCAUUCAUGUUUUCUCAGCAUCCAGCGGAGUUGUUUAUUCUACGAUUAAAACAGGACAGAUAACUCAAAAGUCCCAUCCAAUGUUGUCAUCUUUGUUCAAUCUUGCCGAUGAUAUUCGUAAACACCAGACGACAAAAACAGCAAAACAUAAAUGUGACGCCAAUUCAGGCGAUUCAACCAAUAGAAAGGGAGUGACGCGUGACGCCAAUUCAGGAGAUCCAACCAAUAGAAAGGGAGUGACGCGUGACGCCAAUUCAGGAGAUCCAACCAAUAGAAAGGGAGUGACGCGUGACGCCAGUUCAGAAGAUCCAACCAAUAGAAAGGGAGUGACGCGUGACGCCAAUUCAGGAAAUCCAACCAAAAGAAAGGGAGUUGCAAAGACUAACCCGCAACAAAUCAAAGACGAAAUAUUUUUUCCUGUAAAAAACCAUGUAACGGAUAAGCCAAUAGACACAUCACAUAAUUUCGAUAUUGGUAACAUGCUUUUUCUAAACACGGGAAAAGGAAUGACAGAGAAUUCGGAUGUCCUUCAUACAGUCAAAACGAAUACUAAAUCGGAUAUGUGUAGUCAAUGUCGGCAAAGACGGGAUGCCAAGUGCGUGGCAAUACAUUGUCGGAGUGAUGGAAUUUCGAAUGUUCCUUCUAGAAAAGGACGAAUACAUCUAAAGUCACAGCCUGCUCUUGAUACAUUACCAGUGUUUUCUGACAAAGUUAAUGUUAGGAAUCGCCUGGACAAGCCUGGUACACCACAAUUAAAGAACGUUAACUCACCACCGGGGCAGAAUGUCCUUGGUAUUUUCAGUUUAGAUAGGCUUCCCUUAAAUCAAAGAAAAACAGGUAAGGUCACUGCCGAUCCGAUAUGGUUAUUACCUGAUGAGCUGUUUGAUACAUUGCGUAGCUUACCACUGAACAGGGUGCCGAAUAAGGAAGGCAGAAUAGAAUUAGCGCAAGAAACCAUUACGAAGAAAAUGAGGCCUGCGGAUAAAACGGAAAGCACAGUCGCUAUUAAUAGUGAUCCAGCAUUAAAUAUGCAUUUGAGUGAAAUAAACGUAAACGGUCCUAUUGUGAAUCGGAGAAUUAUGUUCCCAGCUAGAAACGUAGGUAGUACUGUUCCAUCUGUAGAUCAACAGACUGACAAAACAAUACACUGGAAUGAAGGACUUGUAGAUCAUGUUAAUAAUCCACCAUUAGAGGUACCCACUAACACUUUAAUGCAGUUGGUAAAAAACGACGAAUUGCCUUUAUUGCCGAGUGCACGUAAGACAGAUAAUAUAGGAAAUUCAAGCAUCUUGCAUGAAUAUAAUUCUGUCAAAUCUGCAGAUACGGAUACCAAAAAUGUCAAAAACAAUGGAACCAAUAGAAAGCCGCUAAAUACAGAUCGUCAUAAUAAUGUAAAUAAAUCUACCUCAAUGUCUGAUGUACAGACCGUUAGUGACAAAGUUCCAGAUGUGACAGAUGGACAAAUCCCUAUGAACAGACUUACACUUGUUGUCAAAAACAUAGGUAACACAGAACAGAUAGCAGUUCAUAUGGGAGAUGGACCAAUACCUACCGGUAUGAGACUUUUUGAAACUAGACGGCAAUAUUCCAUUUCUAAACAGGCAAAUGUGCAACCAACAGAUUCACAUUCAUUUCAUCAUACAGUUCAAGAUAACCAACUUUUACCUGAGCAGUCUCAUCAAACUAUGAAUCAUAAACAUUCACCAGAGAAUUUUCACAAAAGUAUGAAUCACCAAAGUUUAUCAGAGGAUUCUAAUCAAACUACGAAUCAUCAACAUUCACCAGAGAAUUUUCACAAAAGUAUGAAUCACCAAAGUUUAUCAGAGCAUUCUAGUCAAACUAUGAAUCAUCAACAUUCACCAGAGAAUGCUCAUAAAAGUAUGAAUCACCAAAAUUUACCAGAGCAUUCUAACAAAACUAUGAAUCAUCAACAUCCACCAGAGAAUUUUCAUAAAAGUAUGAAUCACCAAAGUUUAUCAGAGCAUUCUAAUCAAGCUUUAAAUCAUCAACAUUCACCACAGAAUUUUGAUAAAAGUAUGAAUCACCAAAGUUUUUCAGAGCAUUCUAAUCACACUACGAACCAUCAACAUUCACCAGAGAAUGUUGAUAAAAGUAUGAAUCACCAAAAUUUAUCAGAGCAUUCUAAUGAAACAACGAAUCAUCAACAUUCACCACAGAAUGUUGAUAAAAGUAUGAAUCACCAAAAUUUAUCAGAGCAUUCUAAUCAAACUAUGAAUCAUCAACAUCCAUCAGAGAAUUUUCAUAAAAGUAUGAAUCACCAAAGUUUAUCAGAGCAUUCUAAUCAAGCUUUAAAUCAUCAACAUUCACCAGAGAAUUUUGAUAAAAGUAUGAAUUACCAAAGUUUAUCAGAGCAUUCUAAUCAAACUAUGAAUCAUCAACAUUCACCAGAGAAUUAUCAUAAAAGUAUGAAUCACCAGAGUUUAUCAGAGCAUUAUAAUCACACUACGAACCAUCAACAUUCACCAGAGAAUGUUGAUAAAAGUAUGAAUCACCAAAAUUUAUCAGAGCAUUCUAAUGAAACUAUGAAUCAUCAACAUUCACCAGAGAAUUCUGAUAAAAGUAUGAAUCAUCAAAGUUUAUCAGAGCAUUCUAACCAAACUGUGAACCAUCAACAUUCACCAGAGAAUUUUCAUAAAAGUAGGAAUCACCAAAGUUUAUCAGAUCAUUCUAACCAAACUAUGAAUCAUAAACAUUCACCAUCACCGGAGAAAUAUCAUAAAAGUAUAAAGUUUUUCAGAGCAUUCUAGUCCAACUAUGAAUCAUCAACAUUCACCAGAGAAUUUUGAUAAAAGUAAGAAUCACCAGUCCAACUAUGAAUCAUCAACAUUCACCAGAUAAUUUUCAUAGAAGUAUGAAUCACCAAAGUUUAUCAGAGCAUUCUAAUCAAACUAUGAAUCAUCAACAUCCACCAGAAAAUUUUCAUUAAAGUAUGAAUCACCAAAGUUUAUUAGAGCAUUCUAGUCCAACUAUGAAUCAUCAACAUUCACAAGAGAAUUUUCAUAAAAGUAGGAAUCACCAAGGUUUAUCAGGACAUUCUAGUCAAACUAUGAAUCAUCAACAUUCACCAGAGAAAGAUCACAAAAGUAUGAAUCACCAACGUUUAUCAGAACAUUCUAAUCAAACUAUGAAUCAUCAACAUUAACCAGAAAAUUUUCAUAAAAGUAUGAAUCACCAAAGUUUAUCAGAACAUUCUAAUCACAAUGUUAACCAUCAACAUUCACCUGAGAAUUUUCAUAAAAGUUGGAAUCACCAAAGUUUACCAGAUCAUUCUAACCACAAUGUGAACCAUCAACAUGCACAAGAGAAUUUUGAUAAAAGUAGGAAUCACCAAAGUUAACCAGGGCAUUCUUAUCAAAUUAUGAAUCAUCAACAUUCACCAGAGAAUUAUCAUAAAAGUAUGAAUCACGAAAGUUUAUCAGAGCAUUCUAAUCAAACAAUGAUUCAUCAACAUUCACCAGAGAAUUUUCAUAAAAGUAUGAAUCACCAAAGUUUAUCAGAGCAUUCUAGUCAAACUAUGAAUCAUCAACAUUCACAAGAGAAUUUUUUUGAAAGUAUGAAUCACCAAAAGUUUAUCAGAGCAUUCUUAUCACAAUGUGAACCUACAACAUUCGCCAAUAGUGAAUAUAAAUACGGUUCAAAUUAAUAAAGCACAGCAAGAUAUGAGUGUGGUGCAUAAUAGGCAUGCUAACGAUAGGAAAAGACCUGUGACCGAAACAACUUUAUAGUAUCGUCAGAUUCUCUGAUUAUUUUAUUCCUGGUAAGUUACUAGCUACUCAAGACCAUGUGUUUUCAAACAAAACGGCUUAAUUCCGAAUCUACAUGUACAAACAUAUUGUCUAAAAGCCGAUUGUGUCAUUUAACGUGACGAGUCAAUGUUGUGAAAACUGUAACAUUUCACUGUUCUAAUAAUCAAAUACGAUUAAAACUUCUUACCAUAAAUUUCAUAAAGUGGAUUGUGCAGCCUUUGUUUUGUUAAAAAUCACUUGGGGCUUUAAAGGAGUGCAUAUACAAUAUGAUAAAUUUGGGGCUUUAAAGGAGUGCGUAAACAAUAUGAUAAAUUUGGGGCUUUAAAGGAGUGCAUAUACAAUAUGAUAAAUUUGGGGCUUUAAAGAGUUGCAUAUACAAUAUGAUAAAUUUGGGGCUUUAAAGGAGUGCAUAUACAAUAUGAUAAAUUUGGGGCUUUAAAAGAGUGCAUAUACAAUAUGAUAAAUUUGGGGCUUUAAAGGAGUGCAUAUACAAGAUGAUAAAUCAUCUUGUUUACCGUCAAAAAUUAAGCGUUUUUGCGUUUAAUGUGACACAUAAAAAUGUUGAUAUUCAGUCGUCUUGUGGUCACACCAUAUAUACAGCCAUAAAGCUUUGUACAAAUUA